AUGGCCAAUACAGGCAAACCACCAGAAAUCCCCGCAGAGUUUCAAAUUUACAACUCGUACGUCGAGGAUCCCAAAUGGCAGCGCAAGUUCUCGAUUGUCUGGGCUAGUUUCUUGGGCGCCGCGAUCUUCAUAGCGCUACCGAGCCUGGUCCGACUCAUACAUAGGAGGGGAUUUGUCACCGUCUUCCGAGCAUGGUUGGGCGGGGUGAGGGAGGACAGGCAGACAAGGAGGUAUACACCCGUUGACGACCACUCAGACGUACAUCAAAGCAAAUCGGAGGGGCAUCGUGCAACGCUCUCUAGGAGGAGCGCUUUCUUGAACAGAAUACGGUCGUUGAUGCUGUUAACGCCGCCUGGGAUCGAGUUGAACGUCGUGCAACUCACCUUGAUCAUUGGAUACAUAGUAUUGGUCGUCGUGUGUAUUGUCACAGAUGCCCAGCUCAUCGAGAAUUCCAAUCGUGCUGGUUUCAUCGCCAUCGCCCAAUUACCCCCAGUAUUCCUCUUCGCAUCCAAGAACUCCAUUCUCUCCCUCCUAUUCGGCCCAGGCUAUGGAUAUGAGAAGCUCAACUUCCUCCACAAAUGGUCGGCGCGCUCGCUGUUCCUAGCGGCGGUCCUCCACGGCGCCCUCUGGAUACGCAACCACCUUGAGUGGAAUCUCCCUAUCCUUGGCGAGCAGAAGGAGACGACAGGCGUUGCCGCCCUAGGUGUGCUCUGCGUUCUGGUGAUCUCGUCGCUGCGGCCGCUUCGCAGGAGGUGGUAUCAGUUCUUUUUCAUCAUUCAUGUGCUGGGCUUCGUGUCGUUCUUUGUGACGCUGUGCUACCAUACGAUAUACGCUUCGCCGUGGAUAUUCCCGCCGCUAGCGUUGUACGGAUUCGAUAUCCUGCUACGGCUGUUCCGAUACCGCAUCAAGGACGCAGAGCUGGUACCCGUAGGCAACCAGAUGACCAUUAUAAACAUACGGGACUGCACCGAUGGGUGGUUACCGGGCCAACACGUCAGGCUCCGUAUUUUCUUCUCUGGGAGAAUAUUCGAAUCGCAUCCACUAACCAUUAUGACCAACCCGAGUUCGGUCGGCGUCGUGGGGAAGAAGAGCAGCAGCGGCGUGGAGGAGGAAGAUGGGGACAAGAUGGAGGGCAUGGUCCUCGGCGCGAGGGUAUGUGGUGACUGGACCCGAGCAGUGAACGAGUACGCCUUGAAAGAGGGAGAGAGGGUCCGGCGUAUCUCCUCGGCAAACGAGAAGGACGUCUCCCACUCCCCUACUCCUUUACCACCCGCGACACCAAUCCCCAUUCAAGUCAUGAUUGACGGGCCGUACGGCGGGUGUUCGAUCGAUCUGGGCGAGUAUGAGAGCGUGUUGCUAGUUGCGGGAGGUAGUGGCGCCACGUUCACCAUCAGCAUGCUAGACGAUAUCGUCAAACGCUGCGCCGGCGUGAGGAAAGGCGAGAAGACGAAGAGGAUUGAAUUUGUUUGGUGUGUCAAGUCGUUUGGCUCGAUCAACUGGUUCGCAGCGUUAUUGGCGCCCAUAGCUGAGCUCGCUGCCGCCUCAUCGGGGCUCGAGCUGCACAUCACGAUCUUCGUAACGUGCCUCUGCGACCCGGAAAGCGUGCCCGACAUCCCCAACAUGGACGUCAUACUUGAACGCCCCGACGUAUACAAGCUUUUGGAGGCGUUGAUCACUCCCCCCUCUUCUAUACCUGCGACUUCUGCUGGACAUAGUGCCGAGGAUGGUGAAGUAGACGCCGCCAUUGACCUCGAGGCACGAGCGUCACAAUCCCCUCAUCAUCAUCAUUACCCACCUGCAACCUCUAAGAAGCCCUCCACGCUGCGUUGGGUAGGGCCCGGCGGCGGGAUAGGUAUCUGUGCGAGCGGUCCGGAGAGCCUCACGCGGGAGGCUGCGAAUGCCGUCGCGAGACUCGGGCUGAGGAAAGGAAACCAGGUGGGCGGCGUCGGAUUGCAUACUGAGUUGUUCGCGAUGUAA